CAUACAAGAGAUGGUUGGCUGCGAAUCGGCGGGAGUUAUGUUCACUUGUGAUCCCAUCACCGGUGAUGAGAGGGUUCUCGAGAUUACCGGCAAUUAUGGGUUGGGAGAAUCAGUGGUGUCCGCGUCUUCAGAACCGGACACAAUAAGAUUGUCCGUUAAUAUUGAGUCCAAUUCAUUAUCCAAGAGAAGACAUAUCACCGGAAUUGUGGAUAAAGUGAUCGGACAGAAGAAGACUAUAAUAAAGUUAUCAGAGAGUGGCGGCACUGUUGAGGAAGAAAUUGAAGAUCAAAAUAGUUGUUGUAUUAGUGAUGAAGACGUAUACCGUUUGGGAGAUUUAGGAUUAAUAAUUCAAUCGCAUUAUGGAAACACCAGGGAUAUAGAGUGGGGUCUAAAAGGGGGCAAAAUAUUUAUGCUUCAGUCGAGACCCGUAACUAAUUUAGACAACUCUUACACCGAUUACGAAAUCAUGCAUGAAAUUGACACUGCUCACCCCACAGAAUUUGAAAUAUAUUCUCGAGCACAUUGGGGCGAGAAUUACCCUGGUGUUUCUACUUGUCUCGUUUUCAGCUUUCUUUGGGCCAAUAAGAGCUCAAUAUUUAGGGAAGUUCUGGACGAAGACCCAUCGGCCACAAUGGAGGACUACAAUCCAUACAUCGAUUUUAUGGGCUGUUGUUAUAAUCAACUAUUUUUCAAUCUCACCAAUUAUUCAUUCGCGAGAUUCUACGAUUACCCUGAAUCUAAAUCAGCCGAAUAUUCAGUACUGGCUUUCUUUGGACACCACAUCACCGAUAAGGAUGUGCUGCAAAUGUUUAGGGAAAGGCGUCAAUACGUGAAUAAACCCAAGUUAUGGCCAACACUUAAAUAUUAUGCAAACAUUUUCCUAUUCGGCCGAAAGACAAUGUUUGACACAAUCGACAAACAUAUGGGUAAAUACGAUAUGGCGGCCAAACUGAGACAAUACUCCGGUGCCAAACAGGUGUUCGCCGGUCUCAUGAACGAGUAUAUGGUUACGGACGUCAUGUUUUUUAACCACAGUUGGGCCAGUCAGGGCUCCACCAUUAAGAAUGGCAUUUUGAGAUAUAUUCUCGAAACCGCACAAAAGGACAAUCCAAACCUAGAGAUCGACUUUAAUUCAAUGAUCUCGUCGUGUGAUGAAGUAAUCAGCGCUGAAGUGCCCAAUCGUUUGCGAGAAAUCGCAAAAGCUAUUAGAGAUAAGGAAGGGUUCAGACAAUUGAGUGAUGAGAAGGCACUGGAAAUGCUACAGAAGGGCACCGACGAGGCCUCACAACUGUUCAAAGAAUUCUUGCAAAUCCAUGGCCACAGAGGAUAUAAAGAGAUGGAUCCGUACCACAAGCCAUGGGAAGACAACCCGAUUCCUUGCAUUAAGAAUAUAAAAGGAAUCCUAACUGGUGGUGAUAAUUUUUUGAAACCAAAAGUGAUCAAGACCGUCGAUGAAGUGGUCAAUGAGUUACGAACUCCACUGUCAUUCUGGAGACGAUAUCUACUGCGGAAGGUAUUCCUCCCGUGGAGUCGAAAGGGUGUCGGAUAUCGAGAGGUGUCGAAGGGUUUUAUGGUUUGGUUUAACCAUAGGAUCCGAAAGGGAUUCAGAUAUUUAGCGCAAACGAUGGUAUCGGAAGGACUCAUACCGUCGAUCGACACCUUCUUCUUCCUGACUAUCGAUGAGAUCGAAAGGCUGUGUAAUGGAGACAGAGAUGCGUUGCUUUUGUCCAAAACUAAACUCAGAAGACGCCUCUUCACACAAAUGGAUAGAUAUAAGUUUGAAGAGAUUAUCAAAGGACCAGAAAUGAGACCCAAAAAUUUUGAAGACUCAAUUCGUGUCAAUCAUAUAAAGGAAGGUUCACUUCAAUUGAGUGGAACUCCUGUCAGUUUGGGAACCGUUAGGGCAAGAGUUUGUGUGGCAGAAGAUAUUAUUGAAGCCGACAAUAUUCAGCCGGGAGAUAUACUGAUCACAUACUCGACAGACAUCGGUUGGAGUCCAUACUUCCCUCUACUGUCGGGUAUUAUCACAGAAAUCGGUGGAACCAUAUCUCACGGGGCAGUCAUUGCCAGAGAAUACGAGUGGGGUCUAUUCGGGGGCCAAAUAUUUAUGCUUCAGUCGAGACCCGUAACUAAUUUAGACAACUCUUACACCGACUACGAGAUUAUGCAUGAGUUGGACACUCCUCACCAAACAGAGUUUGAGAUCUACUCCCGGGCCCAUUGGGGCGAAAACUUUCCCGGCGCCUCGUCUUGGAUUGUGUUGAAUUGGUUUUGGUCCAAUAAAAGCACUUUUAUGGGCAUAUCUCAGGGUAGUUUCUCAGCCGAGGAUUAUAAUCCGUUUGUCGAAACAAUGGGCGUUCAGUACAAUCAAGUGAUGUUUAAUCUGACCAAUGGAAAGAUGGACUUCUUUGCGGACUACCCCGAGUCAAAACAGGCACAACAAAUGGUUUUAGCGAUGUUUGGGCAUCACAUCGAUGAUGAAGACGUUUUAAAGUCUUUUAAAGUGAAACGUCUGGAGAGAGCGAGCUCUUCAUUCGUGGGAAAAGUGCGGAUAUUUUACUUCAUAAUCAAUGCCCUCCUAUUUGGUCCCAAAAAUCUACUCAAAACUAAGAGUCUUUUUAUGGAAGAAAAGAAAUACGAUUUGGUGAACAUUUUGAGACAAUUCUCGAACUCAAAGGCUAUUUAUAACGAAAUUCUCGACAACUAUCACAUUAUAUCCAACACUGCAUUUGCAAACCACGGCCCCGUCUCUAUGGGCUCGUCCCUCAAAAAUGCUAUUCUUAAGGCUACUCUUCAGGGGGCUAUGAAGGAUAAUCCAGAUCUGGACGCAGACCUCAAUGAAAUGAUCUCUUCCUGUAAUGAUGUGAUCAGCGCUGAAGUCCCCAACAGUUUGAGAGAUAUCGCGAAGUCUAUCAAAGAUAAGCAAACAUUCAAACAAUUGUCAGAUGAGGAGGCGCUGCAAGUGUUAUAUAAGGGAACCGAUGAGUCGUCUCUUAAAUUCAAACAAUUCCUCGAAAGACACGGUCACAGAGGGUAUCGUGAAUUGGAUCCCAUGUAUAAACCAUGGAAAGGAAACCCCAUUCCUUGCAUUAAAACAAUUAAAGUGCGGUUUAGAAGUGAGAAACAAUUGGAGGCAAAAGUUGGUAAAUCUGUUGACCAAUUGAUUGAAGAACUCAAGACUCCAUUGACACCAAUAAAGAGACUCCUUGUUAAGAAACUAAUCCUUCCGUACACUCAACGCGGUAUCGGAUACCGAGAAAUAUCCAAAUAUUUCAUGAUUUGGUUGAACAACAAAUUGAGAGAAGGCUUCUGGUAUUUGGCCGAACAGAUGGUUAGGGAAGGACUCAUACCUUCCGCCGAAUCAUUCUUCUACUUAACCGUCACUGAAGUGGAAGCGCUCUGUAAUGGAGACAGAGAUCCAUUAAUUCUUGCGAGAUUUGAAGAUCGCAUUAUUCUUCCAAAUCUGGGCACAGGUAUGGUUCAGAUGAAGGGAACUCCUGUUAGUAAUGGAUCCAUAAAAGCAAGAGUUUGUGUUUCUGAGGAUAUCACAGAAGCUGACAAUAUUCAGCCUGGUGAUAUACUGAUCACAUACUCGACAGACAUCGGUUGGAGUCCAUACUUCCCUCUACUGUCGGGUAUUAUCACAGAAAUCGGUGGAACCAUAUCUCACGGGGCAGUCAUUGCCAGAGAGUUUGGUAUCCCGUGUCUGAUAGCAGUGGAGGGCGCGUGUCGUGCCUUCAAAACCGGAGAUAUUUGUGUUUUGGAUACUAAGAGCGCGACCAUCACUAAAGUCGAGUGA